AAAUAAGGAUGGUCCAUUAGGGAAUCAGCAACAGAAAUUUGGUUCCUAGAUGAAGGUUGAACCUGCAUUAUGGUGGCACCUUGUUAUAUGCAUCCAUCCAAAUCUUUUAGAAAUAUGCAUUGUUAGAUGUUGCGGUUUGGAUUGGCUUUGGAAAAGUUUAGAUCCUAACUACUAGCUUGAAAGAAAUUGAAGAAUUCUGUGCUUGCCUUCUAAUCAGUUUUAUGUCAAAAGCUGCUGUACGUGGCAUAUACAUUGCAUUUCUUUUGGUUUGGUUGAGAGUGAACACACGCAACAAGGAUCCCCAAAAUUCCCUUUGAACUCUGUUUCUGUUCAUGUCCUGAACUUCUGUUUCACAGUAAACAUUCUACACAAUCAAUUUGGUCACUGAUGUGGCCCUUAUACCUGUUAUUCAACAAGAUUCUUAAAACAGAAGACGAAAGAGAAUUGAAAGGAGAUAAUUUGAGUGCCAUAGAUCCCUACUUGUUUCAGCAUUCACCAAGUAACAAUAACGUAGAGUCCCAUCUUCCCUCCUUAUGCCGCUCGCGCUUUGUUGAUGUACCACAUGUAAACCAAAUAUAUACAUGGGAUUGUGGCCUUGCUUGUGCCUCGAUGGUUUUGAAAACUAUUGGUGUCAACGACCGUGAUAUUCAAGCACUGGCUGAGCUAUGCUGCACUAAUAGUGUCUGGACAGUUGAUUUGGCAUAUUUGUUGCAGAAGUUUUUUGUUGCAUUUUCCUAUUUCACUGUAACAUUUGGUGCAAACCCAAACUUUUCUGUUGAAUCCUUUUACAAGGAGGAAUUGCCUAAUAAUCUAGUCAGACUAGAUAUGCUAUUUCAAAAGGCAGUGGAGUCUGGAAUUGGCAUACAGUGUAGAUCAAUUAGUGGAAGAGAGAUAUCCAUUCUCAUAUUGUCAGGUAAAUAUAUUGCUAUUGCAUUAGUUGACCAAAGCAAAUUGAGUCAUGUAUUGCAAGAUGAUGUUCAUGUUCCUGAAGUUUCCAGCAAUAACCCUGGCUAUACUGGUGAGCACUGAAAUUUCAGCUUUGCAUUACUUGUGUGCAUUUUCAAUGUAUUGUUUCUGUUGAAGUUGCCAGCGUACGUGUCUCCUACACAUGUAACUAGCAUUUAUUUUAUUUAAAUAUUUAACAUCUUCAGUGUUUAGUUAUCUUCUAGAUGGUAUUUUACCAUCUAAUAUUCAGUCCUCAAAAUAUCAAUGCUGCUACAGUUGUGCAGUAAAGUUUUUCCCAGUUUGAAUGAUACUUUACUGUCACAUAUAAAGCUUGAAGCACUUCUCAAUAUUUCAUCUACCUAGGUUGAAUCAUAUGGUUUACAUCUUUGCUCAUUUUCCCAUCAUUUUGAAUAUGAACCCUAGGAGCUUAAACUGUAUGCCUGGGAGUAUGGCAUAAUCCUCAAUUUUCACUGCUAAGCUAGAAUUAGGAUGCCUCUUGUUGAACCUACAUUUUAAUGUGCUUCUAAAACUGUAGUUUGAUAUGUGUGAGAAGACACUAGACAAUGUAUACCUUCGCGCUUCCGGUUGAAUGAAUACUAGUCUUGCGAGUAAUUUAGAUUA